AUUGCAGUUGGAUCAGUGUUUGAGAGCAUUGAAGAGGCCCAACGUUGCAUUUAUGCUUGUGAGGCAAACCGCGGGCAUUGUUGGCGCCGAGGACAAAGUAAACGUGUCAUGGCUAUCGAUCAUUCUGACCACCGCAGAGGCAAGACUAUCAAGACAGGUUGUAAUGCUCAUGUCAAUCUCAAUCUCAUCUGUGGGUCGACAUUGUGGCAGGUUACUCUUACCAACUGGGACCAUAAUCACCCGCGAGAAAUCCCUCCUGGGGGUACCAUUGUCCGACCACCAACCACAGCACAGCAUCAGGUCGUCUCCGAGUUUGCAACGAGCAAUGGCUUCCAGCGACAGCACAUAUCCACUAUUCUUGCAAACUGUUUCACAGACCACCCCCUCGAGCCUAAACAAGUAUCAAACAUGAUUAAUAAUGCACGUCGUCAGGCUUGA